AUGAAGUUUACUCUCAUCGCAGCUCUCGCAGCCUAUGCAGUUCUAUCAGGAGUCCACGCCGCCGACUCUGUAUCUACAACAAUUACCUGUAGCUCCUGUCCCUCGGCCGUAACAACUCCCGACAUCGUCACUCGAUCCGCUCUCCCUACUACGUCCUGCACUGAGAAGCCUUUGACCGUUGUGUCAAUGACCAAGGGAGGCAGCGGAGCUGCUGCAUCCACUGGCUCGGGUGCUACCUCUACCCCUACCCAGGUCCCCGUGUCUGGAGCUAGCAUCAAUAAGAAGGGCAGCGUUGGUGGAAUGGCUGCGGCGGCUGUAAUGGUGGCUGUCUAUGUGCUCUAA